CUUUGUAUAGGGAGAAGAGUGUCGCUCAGUUCAGGGGAAGAUGAGGUUUCGAUUCUGUGGAGAUUUGGACUGUCCUGACUGGGUCUUGGCAGAAAUUAGCACUUUGGCUAAAAUAUCUUCGGUGAAACUCAAGCUGAUCUGUGCCCAGGUUCUGAAAGAUGUGCUCGGAGAGGGCAUUGAUUAUGACAAAAUCCUGAAGUUAACAUCAGAUGCCAAGUUUGAAAUUGGAGACGUGAAAGCCACUGUGGCUGUUCUCAACUUUAUUCUCUCAAGUGCCGCCAAAUAUAACGUGGACUCCGAGUCUCUCUCUAGCGAACUUCAACAGCUGGGGCUGCCCAAAGAGCACGCCGCAGGAUUGUGCCGGUCCUACGAAGAGAAACAGAGCUCUCUCCAGGAUAGCCUGAGGAAGUGCAGCCUGAGAUUGAGUUGCCUGGAUUCUGUUUCGUGGAGAGUGGAUUAUACGCUUAGUUCCAGCGAGCUACGGCAGGUCAACGAAUCUGUCGUUCACCUCAAGCUGAACGUGAAAGAUGUCGACCGGAAGGUGACAGAGCCCGUGGCAAUGACGUUGUCGGCUGAAAAGUUUCGCGUCUUACUUGCUGAACUAAAACAGGCUCAAGCCAUCAUGAAAAGCCUCGACUAAGGAACCCCGGAUACUAUCAGGUCUAGUCAGAAAAAGCUUCAUUUUGACCACAGACCAAAAUGUCUCCACUGGAUAGUGAUCUCCCAGCCUAUGAGAUACAAGCAAAGCAGCCAGAUGGGCUUAAUGUCCAUUUCCUAAUAGGCCAGACCAGCAAAACCAGUGUGUGUGUGUGUGGUGUGUGUGUGUGUGUCCGGAGUGUGGUAGUAUAGGGACAUCUCGGUCACAAACGUCCAACCCCUGCCUUAGGAGAAGUCUAUCUGUUUUUAUGUUUUUUCAUUUGAGUAUCAGUUGUCAAGGAAAACGUAGCACAGGUUUUGCUCUUGUGGCUCUGCCUUAGAAAUAUGCAAAUGCUGCCUUGGUUUU